UACACUAACGCACGCUGACGCUUAUUCUUGUCGCGCCGCGCAAUUUUUCCGGCGGAAUUCGCAAAUGUGUAAAGCAAAAUAUAAUUGCAAUUUCGAUUAGUUAAAGACACAUUUUAAUUGGCGUGGCUGAAGCAACAACAUGUCGACCUUUGUGCUGGAUAAGGAAGCAUUUGUGCGACGAAUAAAGCGCCUCUACACAGAAUGGAAGGCCCCUAGUAUUGGCCAUGAUGAUGGUCUCACCAAUCUGGACUGCAUCAUGAGUCUGGUGGGCAGUGAGGACGAUGUUAUCUACUCAAAAUCAAUGGCCAUGCAAAUUUGGCUCUUGGGCUAUGAGCUGACAGACACAAUAUCAGUGUUUGCCUCUGAUGCCAUUUACUUUCUUACCAGCAAGAAGAAAAUUGAGUUCUUAAAGCAGGUCCAAAACAUUACCGAGGAGGGACUGCCAGAGAUCAAGCUGCUAGUGAGAGAUCGGACCGAUAAAGACAAGGGAAAUUUUGAGAAACUCAUCAAGAGCAUACAAAACUCAAAGAAGGGCAAACGAUUGGGUGUCUUUACCAAGGAUUCGUUUCCCGGUGAAUUCAGUGAGGCUUGGAAACAAUCUCUAAUGGCGGCCAAAUUUGAACAUGUGGAUAUAAGCACCACAGUUGCAUAUUUGAUGUGCCCCAAAGAUGAAUCCGAGAUCAAUAAUAUACGUAAAGCCUGCCUUGUCUCCAUGGACGUCUUUAACAAGUAUCUUAAGGAUGAAAUCAUGGACAUUAUUGAUUCCGAUAGGAAAGUAAAGCACACAAAGUUGUCGGAUGGCUGCGAAUCGGCUAUUGGUGAUAAAAAGUAUACCAGCGGUUUGGAUCCUCAACUAUUGGACAUGGCCUAUCCACCGAUUAUACAAUCUGGUGGUGCCUAUAGCUUGAAAUUCUCUGCCGCUUCCGAUAAGAAUACAUUGCACUUUGGUGUAAUUGUCUGUUCUCUGGGUGCCCGCUAUAAAUCGUAUUGUUCAAACAUUUCACGCACUUUCCUGGUCAAUCCCACCGAACCGAUGAAGGAGAAUUACACAUUUCUGAUAAACGUACAGGAGGAGAUCCUAAAACUCCUGGCACCCGGUACAAAACUCUGUGAGGUCUAUGAGAAAACCUUGGCCUAUGUACGUAAGGAGAAACCCAGUAUGGUUGAGAAUCUAACAAAAAGUUUUGGCUUUGCCAUGGGCUUGGAAUUCAGAGAGAAUUCCAUUGUCAUAGGGCCCAAGUGCCAGGCUCUGAUCAAAAAGAAUAUGAUAUUCAAUCUCCAUGUGGGCAUUUCCAAUCUUAAUAAUCCCGAGGCAGCCGACAAAGAGGGCAGUACCUAUGCCCUAUUUGUGGGUGACACUGUGCUGGUGGGUGAACAAUCGCCGGGCAGUGUGAUGACGCCAUCGAAAAAGAAAAUCAAAAAUAUUGGCAUUUUCAUCAAGGACGAUAGCGAAGAGGAGGAUGUGGAUGAUAAGAAGGCGGCCAAAGAGGAUCAAAGCACUGAAAUUUUGGGUCGCAGCAAGCGUAAUGCUGUCCUCGAGUCCAAACUCCGGAAUGAGAUCAAUACGGAAGAGAAGCGUAAGGAGCAUCAACGUGAAUUGGCCCAACAGUUGAAUGAACGGGCCAAGGAACGUCUGGCCAAGCAGGGUAACUCCAAGGAGGUGGAGAAGGUUCGCAAAAAUACCGUUUCCUACAAGUCCAUCUCACAAAUGCCCCGCGAACCGGAAGUUAAGGGCCUAAAGUUGUAUGUGGACAAGAAAUAUGAGACAGUGAUAAUGCCAGUGUUUGGCAUUCAGGUACCCUUUCACAUAUCCACCAUUAAGAAUAUAUCCCAAUCCGUUGAGGGCGAGUACACGUAUCUGCGUAUCAAUUUCUUUCAUCCGGGCGCCACAAUGGGACGCAAUGAAGGUGGCUUAUAUCCCCAGCCGGAGGCAACAUUCGUUAAGGAGGUAACCUAUCGCAGUUCGAAUCUAAAGGAACAUGGUGAGGUGGCACCGCCAUCGAGUAAUUUGAACAAUGCUUUCCGUCUGAUUAAAGAGGUGCAGAAACGUUUCAAGACCCGUGAGGCCGAGGAGCGUGAAAAGGAGGAUCUGGUGAAGCAGGAUACAUUGAUUUUGUCCCAGAACAAGGGUAAUCCCAAGCUCAAGGAUUUGUAUAUACGUCCCAAUAUUGUAACGAAACGAAUGACCGGAAGUUUGGAGGCCCAUACGAACGGAUUUCGUUAUAUAUCGGUGCGUGGCGAUAAAGUGGAUAUACUCUAUAAUAAUAUACGAAGUGCAUUCUUUCAACCAUGUGAUGGUGAGAUGAUUAUCCUAUUGCAUUUCCAUCUCAAGUAUGCCAUUAUGUUUGGCAAGAAGAAGCACGUGGAUGUACAAUUCUAUACAGAAGUGGGCGAGAUAACCACCGAUUUGGGUAAACAUCAGCAUAUGCACGAUCGAGAUGAUCUUGCCGCCGAGCAGGCGGAACGCGAGUUGCGUCACAAGCUGAAAACGGCCUUCAAGAGUUUCUGCGAGAAGGUGGAAUUGAUGACCAAAUCGAUAGUCGAAUUCGAUACACCAUUCCGUGAAUUGGGCUUUCCGGGUGCACCAUUCCGUAGUACUGUGACCCUGCAACCUACCUCAGGCUCACUCGUUAAUCUUACCGAAUGGCCACCAUUUGUUAUCACACUGGACGAUGUCGAAUUGGUGCACUUUGAGCGUGUGCAAUUCCAUUUGCGUAAUUUUGAUAUGAUUUUCGUGUUCAAAGAGUACAACAAAAAGGUGGCCAUGGUCAAUGCCAUACCAAUGAACAUGCUGGACCAUGUUAAGGAGUGGCUCAACUCCUGCGAUAUUCGUUACUCGGAGGGUGUUCAAUCACUCAAUUGGCAAAAGAUCAUGAAGACCAUUACCGAUGAUCCCGAGGGUUUCUUUGAUCAGGGUGGCUGGACCUUUUUGGAUCCCGAAUCGGGCAGUGAAGCUGAAAACGAAUCAGCCGAAUCUGAAGAAGAUGAGGCCUACAAUCCCACAGAUGCCGAAACAGAUGAAGAAUCCGAUGAGGACUCUGAAUAUUCCGAGGCUUCUGAGGAUGAAAGCGAUGAUAGUGAUGAGGAUCUUGGCUCCGAUGAGGAAUCUGGCAAAGAUUGGUCCGAUCUGGAACGGGAGGCGGCCGAAGAGGAUCGCAAUCAUGAUUAUCAAACGGAAGACAAACGAAAUGGCAAAUUCGAAACAAAGAAAACCUCAAAGCAUUCUAAGCACAGUCGUGGCGAGCGUGAGGAGCAGCGUUCAUCGUCGCACAGUAAAAAGCAUAAGUCGAAUUCCUCCUCUUCCUCUUCGCAUUUAAAAUCCUCCAGCUCCAAACAUGGCAGCUCAUCUAGCCCAUCAAAAACGUCCAAGGAUAAAUAUCACAAUCGGGACAAGCAUCAUUCCUCCUCAUCGUCGGGCCACAAGUCGAGCGGCAAUAGCAAGGACAAGGAUCGAAAGCGUGGUCGGGACGAUAGCCGGGACAAUGGUCACAAAUCGAAGAAAUCGCGUCAUUAGGAUUCUACACACACACACACACACACACAAUUUACCCGUUCUCCUGUUAUCACUGUUUCCAACUGUUACAAAUUUCUUUUAUUAUAUCCCCCCCCUUCCUUUAAUUCCUUGCCACUCCCAACUCUAGAUCUAAAAUGUUUGUCCUUUUCAUCCUAUAUAUAUAUAUACACACUAUCUUACCACUUUCCAUUC